CCAAGGUUUAAGAGCCAUGUGGUGAGGUGCUCCACUUGUGGGAGCAGGCUGUGUCACAGCUUUGGCUGUGACGCUGUGCUGGCUCCGAGCCUGGAGCCCGGGGCACGGGAGAGAACCAGCCUGACACCGCUCUGACACACAGAGACCUUUCAGACCUGGGGAAGGAAAACCAUGGACAGACCAAUCACUGCUGGCCAGCUUAAAGAAAAAUCCCUGUUCCAGGACAGCGAUGGCAGUGCAGCUCCUGCCAAGACUCUGUGCCAUAACUGUUCAAAGCUAAAGAUAUUUCUUGGAGCUCUAGCUUUUACCUUUUUUGCCAAAGGAUUGUCUGGAAGCUACAUGAAGAGCAUGUCCAGUCAAAUUGAAAGGAGAUUUGAAAUCUCAUCAUCAAUUGUUGGCAUCAUUGAUGGCAGCUUUGAGAUAGGUAACUUGAUGGUGAUGGUGUUGGUGAGCUACCUUGGACCAAGAGUUCAUAGGCCAAAAAUAAUUGCUGUUGGGUGUCUCAUCAUGUCUGUAGGAGCUUUUUUGUCAGUGAUGCCUCAGUUCCUAAUGGGACGUUACAAUUAUGAAAGGAUAACUGUUAGUGUGGACAACUCCUCCACGAGUGUGUCAGCUUGCUCCCCAGAGUCUGGGGGCCCUCCAGCCACAGAUGCUCCAGAAACACUCAGCACAGUGAUAAAUGCUGGAUGUGAGAAAACAACAAAUUCCUAUCUGUGGCUUUUUGUGUUGGUGGGGAACCUCCUACGUGGAAUUGGGGAAGCACCAAUUAUGCCUCUGGGAGUUUCAUAUAUUGAUGAUUUUUCUAAAGAAGAAAAUUCAGCAUUUUACAUAGGCCUGGUGAGAUCCUCAGGCAUGUUUGGGCCAACGCUGGGCUUCCUGCUGGGCUCCUUCUGUGCCAGCCUCUGGGUUGACGUCGGCGUCGUGGACAUUGAUGCCAUCAGCAUAAAUCCUAAGGACAGCCGUUGGGUUGGUGCCUGGUGGCUUGGAUUGCUUAUCUGUGGAGCUGUCAACUUCAUUGCUUCAUUGCCUUUCUGGUUUUUGCCCUAUUCCUUACCAAAGGAAGGAGAGAAUGAAAACUUGAAGAUUAGUCACUUGUCUGUUCAAGGAGAUCCCUGUAAAACAGAACCUCCAGCUCAGCCACAAUUACAGUUCUCAGAGGCAGUAAAAGAUUUCUUGCCAGCGCUCAGGAAGCUGUUUGGAAAUCCAAUUUUUGCAGUGUUCAUCCUCCUCACCAUUCUGCAGUACAACUCCCUUGUUGGGAUAAUAACCUAUGAGGCAAAGUUUAUGGAGCAGCAAUUUAAUGUGUCAGUGGCAAAAGCCAUCUUCCUAAUUGGUGUGAUACUUCUACCUGUCACAAUCCUGGGCAUGUUUCUAGGAGGCUUCCUGAUCAAGAAAUUCAAGCUGCACAUAACUGAAAUGGCCAAGUUUGCCUGCAUCACCUUCAUAGUGGCAUAUUUGGUGAACCUGCUGUACUUCACGUGCAGCUGUGAGGUGCUGCAGGUGGCCGGGCUGACAGCGCCCUAUUCUGGAAUGAAGCACCUUUCCUCCAGCAAGCACAUCUACGUGGCCAGCUGCAAUGCUGAGUGCAGCUGCAAGCUGGACCAGUGGGACCCUGUCUGUGGGGACAAUGGCAUCACAUACAUGACAGCCUGCUUUGCAGGGUGCAAAUCCUCAUCUGGGACAGGAAAAAAUAUGGUGUUUCACAACUGCAGCUGUGUGGAAGGACAAGGGCUCAGUGGCAAUUCCUCUGCAGUUUUGGGACAAUGCCAAAGAGAAAGCUGUGCCAAAGCCUUUCCCUAUUUUUUAGCAUUACAGACUGCAUGUGCAUUUGUUUUAGCCUUAGGAGGCACUCCUACAUACAUGAUUAUGUUUAGAUCUGUCUCGCCAGACCUGAAAUCCUUUGCUGUUGGGAUAGAAGCUUUGGGUGGUAGAGUACUAGGAGGACUCCCAGCCCCUAUUUAUUUUGGUGCCUUGAUAGAUGAGACCUGCUUGAAAUGGGGGACAAAAAGCUGUGGGGGAUCAGGGUCCUGCAGAGUGUACGACACAAAAGAGUUCAGGAAUGUGUAUCUUGGCCUCGUUGCAGGACUACGGGCAGGAUGCUGUCUCUUGUACAUAGUGCUCUCUGUUUUAAUUAUCAAACGCUUCAAACCAGAUGGCAAAGAGAUGACAGAUAUUAAAAAUGCAGAAAUAUCAACCAGCAAAGAACCAGAAACUGCCAACAAGAGAGAAAUUCUUCCUGGUUCAAGAACCUCAGACGAGAGUGAGGAAACUUAUAUGUAAAAAAAAACAAAACCCAAGGUCUUGUGUAACUUUGCCAGUGCUCCUGUUUUUCUGAGCACAAAAGGGGUCUAAAUACAGACUUCAACAACUAGUUUACAUUUUGGGAGUUCAAAAAGUAUCUUUGAACAUUGGCUUUUUAUUUGCUUUACCCUAUCUUCUUCCUUUCCUCAUCUGAGACAAAAAUUAGGGGAAAAGGUGUUCAAAAUUUUGGAGAACUCUCCCAUCCUCUUGCUCUCAGUCCCUCUCUAGACCAACAGUAGGACAAGCCAAACUUUUGCAAUUUUGUCAUAAAUUUGAUUAUGCUUGAAAAAUUAAGACGAAGAAAUCCACAAUAAGCUGCUUUGACAUUUUUCACUGACUUUAUUUCAAGUCCUCUUGCUCUGUAUUUAGUCCUACAGCUCUACAUGGACAAUCAAGUUUCACUUGGGCUUCUCUGAUGGCCUUUCAUGAGCUGAGCUCCUUGUUCCAGUCUUGGUCCCCUGAGGCAUGGCCAGGUGAGACCCCAGGGCUGUCACUGAGCACCCUCAGAACUCAAACUGCACCACAGCUCUGGGGUUUGGCUUGAAAAACAGUCAGAGUGGAGAGGAAAUGAAGUUUGCCAAUGAAGUUUUGAAGCAAAGUGUGUUCAACAGUCAAAGUGGAAACCAAAUGAAGAAAGUGGUGUAUGAAUUUUUGCAGCACAUCUCAG